AUGAGCGAGCUGGGCAGCCAGAAGAGCAGCGAUGGCACCGUGUCUCGCCUCCUCAACGUGGUGGAAAGUGAGCUACAGGCCGGGAGGGAGAAAGGUGACCCUACGGAGAAGCAGCUUCAGGUCGUCCUGGAGGACGCCCCUCUCUGGCAGAGAUUCAAGGAAGUCACUAACGAGAUGAUUGUGACCAAGAAUGGCAGACGGAUGUUCCCUGUCCUCAAGAUCAGUGUCACGGGGCUGGACCCCAAUGCCAUGUACUCCCUCCUGCUGGACUUUGUCCCCACGGACAGUCACCGCUGGAAGUAUGUCAACGGGGAGUGGGUGCCGGCGGGCAAGCCAGAGGUCUCCAGCCACAGCUGCGUCUACAUCCACCCAGACUCCCCCAACUUCGGGGCCCACUGGAUGAAAGCUCCCAUCUCCUUCAGCAAAGUCAAGCUCACCAACAGGCUCAAUGGAGGCGGGCAGAUCAUGCUGAAUUCUCUGCACAAGUACGAGCCGCAGGUGCACAUCGUGCGGGUCGGGGGCGCGCAUCGGAUGGUGGCGAACUGCUCCUUCCCCGAGACCCAGUUCAUCGCCGUGACGGCCUAUCAGAACGAGGAGAUAACAGCUCUCAAAAUCAAGUACAACCCUUUUGCCAAAGCCUUCUUGGAUGCCAAGGAAAGGAGUCACCUCAGAGACGCUCCCGAAGCUGUGUCCGAGAGCCAGCGCGUGGCCUGCUCUCACUUGGGAGGCUGGAUCUUUUCCAACCCGGAUGGAGUGUGCGCAGCAGGAACUGCCAAUUACCAGUAUGCUGCCCCCUUGCCUCUGUCUGCGCCCCACACCCACCACGGCUGUGAGCACUACCCUGGCCUCCGGGGGCACCGGCAGGCUCCCUACCCUUCGGCCUACAUGCAUAGAAACCAUUCUCCCUCAGUGAACUUGAUGGAAAGCUCGAGCAGCAACCUGCCGGUGUUCUCCGGAGCGGACAGCUGGACCUCCUUGUCCUCCACGCCGCACACCAGCAUCCUGUCCGUCCCGCACACCAGCGGCCCGCUCAACCCAGGGCCUAGCCCCUACCCGUGCCUGUGGACCAUCAGCAACGGCGGUGGGGGUCCUGCCGGGCCUGGCCCAGAUGUGCACGCCAGCUCCCCGGGGACAUUUCUUCUGGGGAGCCCAGCUGUGACUUCGCCCCUCUCCGCCCAGGCACCCAGUUCAGCGGGUGCCGAGGCUCUGGGGGAGCCCUCGCUGACCAGCAUCGCCGUGUCCACCUGGACAGCUGUGGCCUCACAUCCCUUCUCAGGCUGGGGUGGCCCGGGGUGUGGGGGACGCCAUUCUCCCUCCUCGCUGGAUGGGUAG